AUGGCUUUGGAAGGACCUCCGCCUCCCCAACAGUUGAAAGAGAACAUCUCCAAGCCUAGAUUACCGAAGAGGGCGUUGUUGGCUUCUGCUGUUGAUGGUGACAGAUUUGUUCGAAAGCAGGAGGGAAUCUUGUACACUGGCACCGGAUGUAAGUUUAGCACCAUGCAAAUUGUUCGGGAUCGGGACUGA